UAUGGUAUAAUACGUGUCCGUUUGUUCCGAUAAGUUUUAUUCCUUCCGAAUGUUUCCGCAUGGGGGCCUCAAUUCAAAUUAGCACCUAGUAGCUGCUCCUGUUGCCAGGUAUAAGUUUCUAACCUACGAAAUCUUAACAAUGAUUGUUUUCAACUGUACGCACUUUUACGCUCUCUAACUUUUUGGUAUGUGAAUUCAAACAUUUUUAUUAGGCUGUUCAAUUACGGCAUCAAAUAACUGACAGAUGUUUAUAAACUCUCGGCACGAUUUUACGAAAGCUGCGUAGGUUGUUGAUUCUGCUUGAGGCGACCCUGUAGAGAAAACUUGGCCUAGAGAAAACGAAUCCGUUUCACUAGUUUGUUAGACUGGCUCAAAUAUAAUUUUUUUUUGUUUUUGUAGUAAAUGUUAAACUUUCACGAGAGUAGUUACAUUAUCACUAUCAGAUAUCACCUUUUAUAGAUCCUAAUGAGACAAACGCCUUCAGAGGGUGAUAAUGCUAAAACCGAAAAGUAAGCUUAACUAAAACCGAUUGAUCCUGGAGCAUGGUUGGAAUAGUUUUUUCAAAAUAAAAUAUAACUAGUAUGUAACCCCGGAAAAUCGGGUGGGCUUUUUUCCCACGGAAAGUAAACAGCAUAUGUGACACUUUUAUGUAUUAAAAGUUAUGAGGAUUAGAAAACUGUAUAUUUUUAUUCAUAUGUAAUAUGUAAGAACUUAUGCAUAUAACAUUUUUUGUCUCUCUCUCCUCAUUUUUUAAAACUAUUUAAAAUUUUGAAUUUUGCAAAAAGGAUCAAACGCACACAAUAUUUUUAAAUACAUACUACAUACGUUUAUAUAUUGUAAUUCAAUUGUACCAUAUAUGAACGAAAACAAAAGUAGAUGCUUCUACCAAUCAUAUCCAAUACGUGACGUUUCAAACAUUUAUCACUUACUUACCUGCUCUAUUCCUCCACUUAAAGUAGGAACUCUUCUUGGUCGUCCUCUAGGCACAUUUUAAAAUUAAAUAUGGAUGUACUUUUUUCUUAAAAUAAAUUCUAUAUUGCCUCUGUCCAAAACUCUUUCUAAUUUGCACUGUUACCGUUGUUUUAAGUGAAUUGACAAAUUUCAAGUCAAUUGUCAAUUCAUACCAAUUAUUGCCAUCACAACAAAAUUUUGAAAAAAAAUUCGCAGCACCCGUUAGAACUAUGUUCAUGAAUACAUAUUUAUUAGUAAAGAGAACAAAACAAAACAAUUAAAGAGUUCUUUGCCUAUACAAUGCUGUGCUCAUUAGAAAGAGAGCUAAACAAAGCAAACGUACUCAUAUACAUAUAUGAGUAUAUUUGUGUGUCAAAUCGCUUUGCAUAGACAUCGCUGUUAUCAAUAUGAAAAUUUUGCUAACUUUACACGCAAAUAUUACAUGAACAAAUUAACCAAUUUUAAUUUUUAUAAUUUUCCGGAAAUAUGCUCAUCAAAACCUUUCUUUUGAUAUAUAUUUCAUAUCUGUACAUAUUGUAGUUUAGUCAGAAUAAGGGCCAUGUUUUAAAAUAAUACUAUAGAUGAAAAUAAUUCAGAAGGUGUGGCUAACAUCAGGAAUCAGCUGGUUUGCUUACGUAACAGAAUAUGUGUCAGCGGUUUGUUUAUUACAAAAUGAAAAUUGUGUUGAUGAUAUAAGAAACAAUUAACGCAGCCCUUGCUCAUGUGACUUCGUUGCGGUCUGCGUAAAUAACUGUGGAUUUUGCUGUCGAAUCUCCGAUGGCAGAGCAACCGAAGUUAUUCUCAAUUUUACUUCGAAUAGCCAAACAUUGUAGUUCAUCAUCCUUGGCGGCAAUGCGUUCGACUGGCACGUUAAAGAAAGCGCAGGAGGAUGUCACAAUGAAUGUAUUGAUACGUGCCGUCGCAUGUGUGCAUGAUUUCUUCUGUAUUUUUGGGACGACACUUGGGAAGACGAAAUCUUGCAUACUACCUUCAUUGCUAUUGUGCCGGACUUACCGUAAGUGGAGAGUUGCUGACUUUUGUUCGUUCCUAUACAAAUACAGGCAAUCCAGGUGCCAGUCAAAUGCAUUGUCGCAACGGACUCAUUUUGGCAGGCCUAUUAAGCAGCAUUAACCUGAAGAGAUUGUUUAGGCGAUUAAACAUUGGUCAAUGAAAAUUGCUGGUGCAUAGGGUGAUUGAAUAAAUUGUCUGGCGAAAAAAGUUUUGUCGCUCGUGUAAAUGCUGUAGGUGAACAACUUGUCAAUCGAUUCUCGCCCGUCAUGUGAAAGCUGUCUGAUGGUCUCUGUGCGGUAGCAAUGGAUUUUCCUGCAGGGGAAAUGAACUAAGAUUAACAUAACUAUUUGACGACGGCGAAUAUAUCGCCGUUUCGCGUUCUGUUCCGCUAUAGUAAUUGAAAGUUUGUAUGUUUGUUGAUUAUAAUUAUAAUGUUCUCAUAUUAUUAACUUGUAUAGAAGUACAUGUAUACAAAUAUCUUAUAUGCAUACAUAUAUACUUGCAUAUGCAAGAGAAUGAUGGUUUAUAAAGGAGCGCACAAUUGGAAGAGAAAUUAAUUUUAUAAAUUUUGUCGCUCAGAACGGACGUGUUAGGAGGCUCGUUUUCUAACAUUGCACAUAUUUAAGCAAUAGAAACGGCGAAAUGACAACAAAGUUUAUUAUCAACGACCGAUUAUACACUUUUAAGUUAUCCAAUCUUCCAUCGGACAUUACUUUGAACACCUUUAUCCGAGAGCAUGCGGGACUAUCAGGUACUAAAUUUAUGUGUCAAGAAGGCGGAUGCGGAGUAUGCGUUUGCGUGGUUACGGGUAAACACCCAGUUACUGGCGAUGUGCACACUUGGGCCGUCAACUCAUGUUUGACAUUACUGAACACUUGUGCAGAUUGGGAGAUAACCACUAUUGAGGGGAUUGGGAGCAAACGUAUGGGCUAUCACCCGAUUCAAAAACGUUUGGCUAAGAUGAACGGCACUCAAUGUGGUUUUUGCUCGCCAGGUUUUGUUAUGAAUAUGUAUGGGUUACUGAAAUCUAAGGGAGACAAAGUUACCAUGGAGGAGGUGGAGAAUUCUUUUGGUGGCAACAUUUGUCGAUGCACUGGAUACCGUCCCAUAUUAGAUGCCAUGAAAUCUUUUGCAAUCGACAGUACUAUCGAAAUUCCUGAAGAGUGCUUUGACAUUGAAGACCUCAGGACUAAAACAUGCCCCAAGACUGAGACUUCAUGUAACAGAUCUUGCAUCAGCCUGACAAAGCGGCCGCCAAUGAAAUAUGAGGAUGGUAGCCAAUGGUUCUGGCCGAAAUCAUUAUCUGACGUUUUCUGUGCUAUAGAGCAAUCGAAAGGUUGCAAGUAUAUGCUGGUGGCCGGUAAUACUGCUCACGGCGUCUUUCACCGCGAAUAUACUAUUAAAACAUUUAUCGGCGUGAAUGGAGUACCUGAACUGUGCCAAUAUAGUAUUACUCCAAAUGCCGUAACCUUAGGUGGCAAUUUAAGUUUAUCCCAGACAAUGGAAAUAUUUCAAGAGGCAGCCAAAUAUAAUGGCUUUGAGUACUCUAAACAACUUUGGAACCAUUUCGAUUUAAUUGCAAAUGUACCUGUUCGCAAUAUGGGCACCUUGGCUGGUAACCUAAUGAUGAAAUACUACCACAACAGCUUCCCCUCUGAUAUUUUUGUUCUUUUUGAAGCAUUAAAUGCUCAAGUGAUAGUCCAAGAAAGCGCGACAAAAGAGAAGACAGUAACGAUCACAGAGUUUUUGAAAACUCCAAUAAAGGGUAAAGUUAUUAGAGCAUUCAUUCUUCCACCAUAUUCGUUAAAGAGAUAUAUAUUUGAUUCCUACAAGGUUAUGAUCAGGGCACAAAAUGCGCAUGCUUAUGUUAAUGCUGCGUUUCUCAUAAAUAUUGAGAGACCAAGCUUCAGAGUAAAAUCUGCCCGCAUCUGUUUUGGUGGCAUAAAUCCUGACUUCAUCCACGCAACUGAAAUCGAAAAAAUACUAGAAGGAAAACAAUUAUAUGAUCCAGAAGUUGUAAGACGGAUUUUUGUGGCAGCCAGAAAUCACAUCGUUGCUGAUGCAGUUUUACCUGAUGCUUCGCCCGACUAUAGGCAGAAACUAGCUUGUGGGCUACUCUAUAAAACCAUUUUGAAAAAUACACCAGACAGCACAAUUCCAGCAAAGCUACGUAGUGGAGCAGAGAUUCUGAAGCGUCCAGUAUCAUCAGGUAGACAAGUAUACGAAAGAAUAGAAGAUGAUUCACCUGUACACCAAGCAAUUGAAAAAUACGAAGGUGUAAUGCAGACAGCAGGGGAAGCCACUUAUGCCAAUGAUGUACCCGUUCAGCCACACCAGUUGUGGGCAGCUUUCGUUACGGCCAAGAAAGUAGGAGCUACGGUAGUUGACAUUGACACCUCAGAAGCAUUCAAACUACCUGGAGUUGUUGACUUUCUAACUACUAAAGAUAUACCUGGAAAAAAUACGGUUUGUGGAAACGAGCCCAUGUUCUUUAAAGAGAAUGAGGAACUAUUUGCUAGUGGUGCCACAAAAUUUUACAAUCAACCAAUAGGUGUAAUAGUGGCUGACUCUAAUGCCACUGCCAAUGCGGCUGUUAAACUAGUGAAGCUCACUUAUGCUGGCAAAGCAGACGAAGUUUUCCCCACACUUCAUGAUGUUCUGAACAGUGCUUGCUCAGAUAGAAUUAACCAUACUAUUAAGUCCCUCAUCGAAAAUCUAAAAAUUGAAGACGAUUAUGAUGUACAUGGUUCGGGAAAAUUAGAUUUGGGCUUGCAGUACCACUACUUCAUGGAACCACAUACUUCCGUAGUAAUUCCGUUUGAAGGUGGAUUGGAAGUGUAUGCCGCCACUCAGUGGAUGGACCUGCUCCAAGGAGCUCUUACAGAGUUGCUGGGAAUGAAAACUAAUGAAGUUCAAGUUAAGGUACGGCGAUUGGGUGGUGGCUAUGGUGGCAAGGCGACCCGGAGUCUUCCAGCUGCUUGCGCCGCCGCAUUGGCUGCCUUUAAGCUUAACCGUCCGGUACGUUUUGUCCAAUCUAUAGAAUCGAUGAUGAAUGUUCUUGGAAAACGAUGGGCUUUCCAUUCAGAUUACGACUUCUACGUUAAAAGUACGGGAAAAAUUGUAGCACUGCGUAAUGCAUUUUACGAAGAUGCAGGCUGUCUUCCUAACGAAUCUCCAAUGGGUCACACAGUUUUGCUCGGUAAAAAUUGCUAUGAAUUUAGUGAUAACUACAAGUUGGAUGGUUACAUGGUCAUAACUGAUUCGCCUAGCAAUACACCCUGCCGUGCACCUGGUUCAGUUGAGGGAAUUGCCAUGAUCGAAAAUAUUCUCGAACAGAUAUCUUUUGAUACUGGAUUAGAUCCAGUGGAUGUUCGUACUGCUAACUUAAUUCCUGGACAUAAAAUGGGUAAAAUUUUGGCACACUUUGUGGAAUCAACAAAUUACAAAAUACGAAAGCAGGAAGUCAAAAUUUUCAAUGUACAUAAUCGCUGGUGUAAGAAGGGCCUUGGUAUUGCUAUCAUGGAGUAUCAUAUUGGGUACUUUGGACAGUUUCCGGCUACGUUAGCCAUCUAUCACGGCGAUGGAACCGUGAUUAUUUCACACGGUGGUAUUGAAAUGGGUCAAGGAAUGAACACCAAGGUCGCCCAGCUGGCGUCUUAUGAGUUGGGUAUACCAUUAAAUAUGAUUCGAUUUGAGGGUAGCAAUACUAUUAAUGGCGCAAAUAGCAUGGUAACUGGAGGCUCAAUCGGCAGUGAAACACUCUGCUACGCGGUGCGGAAAUGUUGCAACACAAUUAACGAACGACUCAAGCCAGUGCGGGAAUCCUUAAAAAAUCCGACAUGGCUCGAAAUUAUACAGACAGCUUACAGUCAACACAUUAGUCUGAUUGUAAACGAUGAUUGCAAACCAAAUGAUAUGGAUCCAUAUACAGUGUGUGCUCUAGGUCUUGUGGAGGUGGAAGUCGACAUUCUGACCGGCAAUUAUCAACUACCGCGCGUAGAUAUAUUGGAGGAUGCUGGAGAGAGUUUAAAUCCAAAUGUGGAUAUCGGACAAAUUGAGGGAGCAUUUAUGAUGGGCCUCGGCUAUUGGACUUCAGAAGAAAUAGUUGUUGAUAGAAAUACUGGUGAGCUCAAAACUAACCGUACAUGGAAUUACAAACCACCUGGUGCUAAAGACAUACCAAUCGAUUUCCGCAUUGAAAUGUUGCCACGCAGCCCAAAUGCGGCUGGGUUUAUGCGUUCCAAGGCUACUGGUGAGCCAGCUAUAUGUUUAGGAAUAGCUGUGGGCUUUGCUCUGCAGGAGGCUUUACAAUCUGCUCGCUCUGAUGCUGGGAUACCAAAUAAAUGGAUUGCGCUAAGCGCACCGAUGACACCCGAACGUGUGUUGCUACAGUCAGGUACUGAUUGUAGCAUGUUCCAGCUCAAGUAAAGAGAAAUCACGUUCAAACAGAAUAUGAAUCCAGAAACUCACUAUUGAUGUAUCAGUUUAAAAUAUUUUCAUAUGAUCUACUAUUAACCACAAAUAGUUAAUAUCAAAUAAAUAACUUUUUUUGAGAUAAAA